UUUGUUCUAUUUAUGAACCCUAGAUACAGAAGAUUUUCAAGAGGUUUCUUACCUUUGCUCGCUUCUUUCUUUGGAUUGCCCUUUUCUUAUUUUUUUUUUGGGAAAAAAUGGAAUUCUAAAAGGCCUCUCGAUUUGGGCAUGAUUUCAAUGUUAUAUUAAGGUUGCAUGUUUGGAUACUGCAUAGAUAAAAUCAUAGGUUGAACAUGAGCACUGUAGAAGCAAGGGGCCCUUCUCUUAGAAGGUAUCGACAAAGGAAGGCAGUGCUGGAUCUAAAUGCUCCUCCCAGUGAAAUCAGGGAACAGGAGGGUACUUCCCAGCAGGCUGGAUCCGAGGAACUGACUGAUCACCCUGCGCAACCUGCAACUAUUGAUGAUGAUGUAAUCGAAUCUUCUGCUAUAGCAUUCGCUGAGGCUAAAAACAAUUCAAGGAGAAGCCGUGGGAGGACAGUCGUCGAUGUAGAUUCAGGGUGGCCUGCUCGGUCAACUAAUAAUAGCCAGAACAGAUGCAGGGAAUUUCUUUCAAGCUCAACAGCUAUCAAUUGCGAUCAUUAUAUCAAUUUGGAGAGUUCACCGCGGUCUAUGGUAAAAGAAAUUAUAAGGCCGCAGCCUUCUCCCAAGGAACCAACCUUCAACUGUCCGAUUUGCAUGGGUUCAUUAAAAGAGGAGAUGUCAACAAGAUGUGGGCACAUUUUCUGCAAGGCGUGCAUCAAAGCUGCAAUAGCAGAACGGGGAAAAUGCCCGACAUGCAGGAAAAAAGUGACUGUGAAGGAACUAAUUAGGGUCUUCCUUCCAUCAGCCAGCUGAAUGUGAGCUUCAUAUCCAAUUAGUGACGGAUAAUACAAACUGCCAUUGAAAAUAGAGAAACAAUGCAGUUGGCACGUCAACGGAGCUAUUUUUUUAACUUCAGAAUUUCCAAGAUGUGCAGCUUUAAACUCAUGUUAUAGCAGACAAAUCUGCCUGUUGAUAAUUUGUUCACCUCAACUUCAUUGUUACUUGAAUUAAACCUAGACAAAC